CAUCCACCGAGGCCCCGCCCCCUCCACUGGUGAGAACAUGGCUGCGGCGAGGAGGCACAGGCGUGUGGCGGCUUCACAGCCGGGAUUUAUUCCUUUAAAAUCUGAUCUGGACGGGAAAUCAUUGUCUAUCGGACGCAGGAAGCGCGUAAACAAAAACAAGAAGAAGAACUGGAACAAAUACAGCGAUAUUAAUGAUGUGGAGGAGUUUCUGGACGACGUGAGGCUCCAGGAAAGAGCUACAGGAGGUCUUAUAGCUGACAAAACAGACGAAAGCCUCUUCUUUGUGGACACUGGAACGAAAGAGAGUGUUCUUGAGCCAGCUUCCAGUGAAGAGACUGGUAAAAAGUCCAAGCCACUUCGGAUAGACUUAAUUCUACAGCCAACUUCCAAUGUCGCCCCACCUAAAGAUAUCUUGGCCCAUCAGCGCCCUAAUGCCAAGAAGGAGCGUCGAAUUGCCCAAAAGAUCCAAAAGCUGACCGACAUGGGUGUAUUGCCACGCAGGAAACGUCCCCAAAAGGUUCCUGUUAAGGAAAAGCCAAUAAUCAGUAAAGACCCAGACAGGAACUUCUAUGAUAUCUGGAGUGCAGGCAGCCCUGAGACAGCAGAUCCUUACUACCUUGAACAGACCAAGAAGAAGCUGGUUAAGAGACCAGAGAAGAUGAAUGAGAAACCUUCACUUCUUCCAGCUGUUGAAGUCAUCGCCCCAGGAGGUUCCUAUAAUCCUGACUUCCUUUCUCACCAGGCUUUGCUUCUGGAGGCUCAUGAGGUUGAAGUGACAAAGCUAAAGGCAGAAACCAAGCUGGCUCGAAAGCUUGCAGUUAACAAGAAAGAAUUUGCUACUCAGGAGACCACCUUCAAAGAACAGAUUGAAGGGCUGGUUGAGGAAGGGGAGGAGCCAGAAAACGAAACUGAGGGUCCAGAAGCCGUAGCUGAUGCUGAUGAAGAUGAAGCUGUCGGACCAACGGCGCAGCAGGAGAAGAAAACUGAGAAACAGAGGAAGAGGGAGAAAGAUGAAAGGAUAAAGGAGCUACAGAAGAAAGCAGCACGGCAGAUGAUUGACAGCAGGCAGCAGCUCUUCAAGCUGCGUUCCAUUGAAACAGAGCUGAAGAAGAGGGAGCAGAAAACCAAGAUGAGACAGAUCAAACGCAAGACCCAGCAGGAGGCUCAGAAAACUCUGCCUCGCCGUCUGGGCAAGCUGAAAUUCCAAGCCCCUGAUCUUGACGUGCAGCUGAGUGAUGAGCUUGCAGGGUCUCUCCGCACACUCAAGCCAGAGGGCAGUGUUCUCAAAGACAGAUUCAAGAGCUUACAGAAGAGAAACCUGAUCGAACCCAGAGAGAGAGCCAAGUUCAAGAGGAAACACAAGCUAAAAUAUGUGGAGAAGAGGGACUUCAAAGAAAUUAAAUGAUCAUGAUCAUCAUCAUGAAGUCAGCCUCUUUUCAUGAGCUUGGAUCAGUGCAGUUGAUGACACCAGUCCAUGAAUGAAUAUUGAGCCUGCCUGUGAUGCUGUAAUGUAAAUACACACAAAAAGAACUGAUGACCGAACUGCCUUACCAGUGUGUAAAUCCAUCAUCAUUGAGUGACACCUUAAUCUCUCAUCUCCCAGCAUCCUUCCUCCAACCAAACUCAAACCUUCUUCUUGAGGUAUACACGUUGGAUAUAAUUUAUAUGCAGCUCUGGAAAAAAUGAAGAGACCACUUCAGUUUCUGAAUCAGUUUCUCUGAUUUCGCUAUUUAUAGGUAUAUGUUUGAGUAAAAUGCACAUUGUUGUUUUAUUCUAUAAACUAUGAACAGCAUUUCUCCCAAAUUCCAAAUAUUGUAAUUUGGAGCAUUUAUUUGCAGAAAAUGAGAAAUGUCUAAAAUAAUAUAAAUAAAACAAGUUCAUAUUUAUAAAGUUUUAAGAGUUCAGAAAUCAAUAUUUGGUGGAAUAACCCUGGUUUUUAAUCAGUGUUCAUGCAUCUUUGCAUGUUCUCCUCCACCAAUCUUACACACUGCUUUUGGAUAACUUUAUGCCUUUACUCCUGGUGUAAAAAUUCAAGCAGUUCGGCUUGGUUUGAUGGCUUGUGAACAUCCAUCUUCCUCUUGAUUAUAUUCCAGAGGUUUUCAAUUUGAUAAAAUAAAAAAAAAACUCAGCAUUUUUAGUGGUCUAAUUUUUUCAGAGCUGUAUAUUCUGUAUGUUCAUGUCAUCAUAUUUUCCUUUAAAAAGCCUGUGUCAGAAUGCUAAAUGCACAAGCCGUGUGGAACCUGGCGUGUCUGUGCCUUUGAUACUCUUCAAUAAAAGCUGCAGAUUGUGCUCCCCCACCUCC